GGAAACUUGCAUUCUGCAGCACCCUCGCUUCAUAUUGCAAACAAAAAGUUGGCCGCAAACACGUAUAUUCACGUUGUAUUGGUAUUGAAGAUGUCUCUUUCGAUAUUUGCUUCCUUAAAACACUAUCUUGUGUUCCUCCUAUGAGCCAUAUCUAAUCCAUUUCUAUCUAGGUCCACUCCAACACUCAAUAUUACCUGACACACUCAUAUAUUGUUAGCAAACAUACCGAUUUCUCUUCAUUACUUGGUCAUUUAAUCAUCUACCAACUCACUCCCAUCAUAUCAUUUUCAACUGAAAUUAUAUCAAUAAUGUCCGAGCAGACCACCCCACCUUCUCCUAACAAAAUCGACUUCAUCGACACUCCUCCCAACUCCCCAUGUGGUCACGAAGCCGUUAUUUCGGGUGUCUCUCCCCUCGUAGUCGGAAUUUCGAACCCCGAGAAAUUCAAGAGGAAAGUGGCGCUGAUCUUUGCGUCGCUUUACGAUGAAGAGCCUACUUCUAAGUACAAGGCAGAGCCUAAGAAGACGGUUGGACUCGCUUCCCCACUAUGGAAAGAUCCAACUCUUGAGCUCAUUCCUGUGAAUGAACAGAAAGCUGCAGACAGCAGGGAAGCAUUCCAAAAUUCAGAAGUUGAUCUACUUGAAGUGAUCGACGAGCAUCCCAAAAAGGAUUUGCCCCAAUCGCUGGAGCCUACAGCGACUGAAUCACCCGAGAAAGCCGCAGAGGUCAUGUUAAUGGCUAUUACAGAACCAGGACUCACUGAAGCAAUGACCUCUCCUUCAACCAAUCCUGAUACGGGCCUUACAGUAUUAGUUGAUCCAACCGAAUCCAUCCAUAGCGCCAACUACACUUCUGUGACUGAAGUCUCGCAAAUGGAACACGCACCUAACACCAUCAAAGGGGAAGCCGAGAAGAUUAAAAUCCGUCACGAAUGGACUGGAACAUGUCAAUUUGACCUUAUCACAGAAAAAUCUAUUGGACUUCAGAAAGAGAAUUUGCUCAACGGUCUCAUUCUCUACCGCAAAGCACUUGUUCAUGACAUGACCAUUGCGCCCCAUGAUCCCUUCAUCUACAUUGAUCUUGCUAAUCUAGACUCCACACUUGCCUUCAAAGACACUUCAUCCCAUUACGCGUAUCGCGCUCUUAUUCUUAUCAAGGCUGGGCUUCAAACCGUCACUCCUCAACAAUCCGAGCUCUCUCGCUUAGUAUACACAGCUGUUGCAACUCGGCUUUACACGAGCUCGACGGUAAUAAUUAUUGACGAACUACAAUCGAUGUGUCUUCGAGCUUAUCGUUGUUUGGUCCAAGGAUUAAUGCAUUGUGCGGCAUUUUGGGAUGGCUUGACGGUUGUCAAACUUGGCCUGGAGGAUUUUCCUAACGAUUUCGAAUUACUCGAUCUGCAAUCAUUGUUGCUUGAAUCUUUCCAGAAUAGACAUGAGGAGACAGUGGAAGACGCCAAGAAUGCGUCAGUCGUCAAUAUCAUUGCAAGUAGUCGACCAGGAUUAAUUUAUCAGAAGAAAUACCCGUGGAUGGCCCCAAAGCUCUUUGUUCGAACACCCCGUUUGGUCAGACAAGUCAACUCUACAUUCAACUCUCUCAAUGCAGAAGUCCGACCUGUGGAUUUCGGAUCUCCAGGUAUAGCAUCCAAAUCCAAAUCACUUUCUGAUCUUCCUAAGAACGCAGACGUUGGGCCCCUGGGUAUUUUUGCCACACGUGAUAUCGAAGAAGGAGAAUCAGUCUUAGUCGAUAAGUCAUAUGCAUGCGUUUCAAAUAUCCCACCUUCGACUGGACAAUUUUGCGACGCAUGUCAUGCUCAUCUUGCUCCCCCUUUCGUACAACCAAUCCAGAUCUGUCGACCAUCAUGCGGAUGUAACAUAUCAUUCUGCUCCAAAGGCUGUCAUGAUCUCGCCAUCGGAAGUUAUCACAAGAUUCAGUGUGGUAUCGAUUUUUCUUGGCUCUACAAUACUGGCAUGUAUCAGAGUGAAUGGGACCCUAGGAUGUUUUUGCGCGUAAUGUGUAUCGUUCUAAGCACACCUGGCUGGUCGAAAGAUUCGAGCCCACAGAAGAACCCUUUGCAGCAUCCACUACUGGCAAGGCUGACAGCUAAUUACGCCAGUGAUGACGAACAAGCCAUUCAUAGCCAGAAUUGGUGCUACCAGGAAAACAUAGUCGCACCCACCCGUAUUCUCUGUGAUCUCGGUAUUAACAUUUUCUCACCAGUCAAAAAGAUACAUGAAGGAAAAACCAAGUUUCUGGCAAACAUCUGGACUCCGGAGCUGAUCCAGACAAUGUACUGGCGCAUGUUGAACAACGCUAAUAGUAGCUCAAUUGACAUUCCUGGUCUUCAACUGGAUGAAUCAUUCCGUUCCAUACGUACACCCCAAUCGGGACCUGUAAUAUCGCAUUUGAUCGUAGUCAGUCCCAGCUAUUCGUUCUUCAACCAUAGUUGCAGACAGAACGUGAUCUGGAGAGGCACAUGUUCAAACGGAGCUGAAGACAUAUCAGCACUUGUGGCUGGGGAUGGACCAAACCAAGAGGUGCUUAAACCUGGAAGUAGUAGUGUGAGUUGCAGGGCCAUGAGAGAUAUUAAGGCAGGCGAAGAGUUGACGAUCAGCUACGUGGGUGAUUGUAUGGGGGGUUACAGUCCCGAGGAGAUUGAAAAACAGCCCAAGUUAGCUAUGGGACAAUUAGCAGAUGGGGCCAUAAGUCAUAAAAGAAUGGCUGUUCGUAUGAGCUUGACAAAGUGGUUCAGUGAUGCUGGGUGUGGCUGUGGACAAUGUGCCGAGGAAAAUGACUCGGGAAGAAUGCCAAAGAUGGUAAGGGUUUGAUGAGGAACAGGAUAUCGGAAGGAAUUGCUUAUGGGGGAGUUACUAAUGGGAAUUUAUUACUUAUGGGA